UUUAAAACAAAAGCCCUCGGAAGUAUCGCGUGUGUUUUAUUCGGGGAAGAGAAACUGACGAUUAAGUUUGAAAAUGUUACCAAACAAAGCGCUCACAGAAGAACGACACAAACCGCGCGAAUAUAAUCGGAUUGAUUAGCUUUGACGGAUCGGUCCUUUAUUUGUCUGUAUAUGAGAAUACUGUGAUUCUUCUGCACAUGAGAACAUCAGGUUUAAACUGUCUCUGUCUUGUGGAGAAUUAAGUAAAUGUGUGUGUAUUAUCUCCUAGCGUUGUUCGUGUUCGCUUUCACAGCAGUGUUGUGGGUUUGACGUGUUUCUGUUGCUCAUUAUCUGACGGGACAGUCUCAUCAGGAUGACUCUGGCAGUGUUUUUUGGCUGUGCUUUUAUAGCUUUCGGUCCAGCUUUCGCCCUGUUUGUGUUCACCAUCGCCAGAGACCCGUUAAGAGUCAUCAUUCUGAUCGCAGGGGCGUUCUUCUGGCUGCUGUCUCUGCUCCUGUCCUCUCUGGUGUGGUUCAUCGCUAUCAAGGCCAGUAACUCCCAGGAUCUCACCCUUCAGAAGGGGCUGCUGAUUUUUGGGGUUUUCUUUUCGGUCUUGCUCCAGGAAGUGUUUCGCUUCGCCUACUACAGACUGCUCAGGAAGGCCACCGAGGGUCUGGCAGCCAUCAGUGAUGACGACGGUUCAGCUAUUUCGGUGCGACAGAUGGCUUACGUGGCUGGGCUGGGCUUUGGGAUCAUGAGUGGAGCGUUCUCAAUGAUCAACAUCCUGUCUGACUCUCUGGGGCCCGGGACGGUCGGCAUCUUUGGAGACUCACAGUAUUACUUCAUUACAGCAGCGCUGAUGACACUGGCGCUGACGCUGCUGCACACGUUUUGGGGUGUGGUGUUCUUCGAGGGCUGUGAGAAGAGCCAAUGGUGGGUCAUCGCUGCAGUCGUCUCUCUACACUUGUUAUUCGCCGGCCUGUCGCUGCUGAAUCCACUGUAUGAGGGCAGUCUGCCUCCUGUGUACUUCAUUACACUGACGAUGGGCGUCUGGGCGUUCUUCUCAUCUGGAGGAUCACUACACAGCCUCAGUGCUCUCUGCACACGUAGGAAAGUUGAAGGGGAAUCUUCAUAAGAUGGUGUUUGUCACACCUAGUGAGAUGUAGGACACCGAGCGGCUGAGUCUGCACACUGACCAGCUCAAACCCUGAGGGGAUCCAGAAACGUCCCCUCCAGCAUCAGCAAUCAGACUCCCACAGAAACACUGUAAAUAGCUUGAUCUGAAUGCAAAUCAAUAAGACCGAUCUCUUAUAUUAUUUGGUUUUAAAAGCAUCAUUUGUUUGGCUCUUCUUGUGAAUGUUUGUGGUUUUGGGUUUUCUUUGCUGAUGUUCUGAGUGAAGCCUCUUCAAAAACCACUUUCACCCUCUUGUACUCAUGUUAUCCUCUUUAUUAUUAUUAUUAUUAUUAGUUCAGAACAUUUCCAUUUACUGCAAUUAUGUCCCUGUAGAGUUUUCAUAUUUGCUCUGUACACUUUGAAACACAUUAUUUGUGUUGUGACCAAUGAAUGUACAUGGGAAAACAUUUCACAUUAUUAAAACAGAACAAAGGUCUUAACCAUUUCUAUGUAGGACUGAUUGAUGCUCAAUCUAAGUAAUUUUUCAUCAACCUUUUCAUUUGUUUGUAGCUCAUUUCAUCAUAAGUAUGAAACAGGAAUUACAAAACAACUGAAACUCUAUUUUCAAUAUAUUUCUGACAAUUGAAUGCAACCUUUACAGACACUGACAGGAAGCAAUAUCUGGAGCUCCCAGAGUCUUCUGUUAUUUAAUAUGUGUCGUCAUCACACCAGGACAGCGCUAGUUAUCUGAGACUUGCUCUGUGUUGCUGUAUAUAGAUCUUUUCAGUGAGGAACACUAACACAGCUUUAAUUCCUGACCAGCACACUGACAUCACUGCGUUUACUGACACAUGACCUGGUUUCAGCCUUAAGACACACACUCAUUAAGGUACAUCGCAGUGAAGUCUCAGCGGUUCAGUGUUUGUUUCUGGGGAUGCACUUCUGUCUUUCUGUACUCAUCCUCUGUGUCUGUAUGCAAGUAGUUUCUGGUCUACAUUUGUCAUCCAGUGUUAAAAACCUGUGCAGAUGGAGCUCUCAUCAUGUUCUGUAUAUUUGACAAUUACCAGGUGCUUUGAUCAAUUUCAAUUACAAAAGGACUUCUUGUAAUUAUGUAACAUUUUAAUGCAGCUUUAUAACGUUUCUAAGAAUAUGACGUGCCAAACAGGGAAUCAGAUUGCUGUUCAUAUGCAAAAUUGAUUUGACAAAGAUUAAAAAUACCCUGUUAACCAUU